AUGAACGUAAAAACACAGGUGCCAAUGAUGUUCUGCCCCGGCAUGGUGUCGCCACAGCCCUCUUACUGUAAUGUAUCGGAUAUAUCGGCUGCAGCGUCAGGCAAUAUGGUGAAAUUUACUAAUAAAAGUCAAAGUGUUCUAAAUUUAGUAAAGUACUUACAGUUCGUUGACCUCGUUAAUGUUAAGGGUUUGGCGACCCCUAAACAAUCUGCCUGUUGCCUUCAAAAUCGUGCUCAAGCAACGGACCUAUUUGGAUUUAAUAUUGAUUCCGCUCUACCAAUUGUAGCGAACUUCAGUGGUGCGGAUUUACGAGAAAAAGCCACCCCUAUCCAAGGGUCCAUCGGUAAGGGGUCUAUUUCCGUAGCCGGUGGUAGCGUGCGGCGGGCGCGGCGGUGGGCACGGGCCGCGCGCCGGGUCAGGGCGCCGGCGCCGCGCGCGACGCGCAGUUGGCGCACGCGCACCGCGCGGCCCGCCGGCCCCGCGCCCCCCGAGCCCGCGCCGCCCGCGUGCGCCUGGGACGCGCGG